UAACAUCUUCCAUGCCAUAAUUAACCUGCGCUACGUUACCCAGCACGCACACAAUAUCGCCAAUUAUUAACCACCACGCUAUAGCUACACUCACCAUGAAAGCGAUCUUAAGCAAUAUCCUAGGCGCCCCGGUCGCAGACGCCGAAGAAGAAUCCUUCCUCCUCUUCGCGCAGCCCAUCCCCUCGCGCUCCCUCGGCUUCAUCGACCCAAAGGCCCCCUCCCUCACCAUCACCAUCGACAACACCGACCUCCAAAUCGCGCAGAGCCCCAGUCUGCUCACGUCCAAUCUGCCCGGCGGCACUACUGGUGCUGUCCUAUGGUCCAUCACACCACUCCUCGCAUCAUGGCUCGUCCAUCCGCGCAACCCACUAUUCGCCGCUCUCGUAACGUCGACAUCGACGGUUCUGGAGCUGGGAGCGGGCAUCUCGGGCUUGCUUGCGCUGACGCUGGGGGCGCGUGUGGGGCGCUAUGUGGCGACGGACCAGGCGUAUGCGCUGCGGCUGCUGCGGGCGAAUGUUGUUGCGAAUGUUUCUGCGAAUCGAGUGGAUGGGCGGGGGAAGGGGAGGGGGAAGGGGAAACCGAGGUCGAAAGGGGCUAAGGGGAGCGGCAAGGGAAAGGGAGGCAGUAGUAGUAGUAAGGGUGGAAAUGGAAAGGGGGCAGAAAAAGACGAAGAAGACGAAGAAGAGGGCGAAACAGGCAACGUGCACAUCGUCCCACUAGACUGGGAAACCACAGACGUCGGAUCGCUGGUCCACGGCGUGCUAGGCCUGCAGACGGGCGUGGACGUCGUAGUUGCGUGUGAUUGUGUGUACAACGAUGCGCUUGUGGAGCCGUUUGUGAGGGCUUGUGUGGAGGUUUGUCGGUGUCGGGAUGCCCGCCAGGAUGCCCAUGAAGAUAUGCAGAACGAAGAAGAGGAAGAAGAGCAGAAACAGACGGUGUGUAUAGUAGCACAGCAACUGCGAUCGGCAGAGGUGUUUGAGGCGUGGCUAGGGCGGUUCAUGCGUGAUUUCGAGGUGUGGAGGGUGCAGGAUGAUUGGGGUGGAGUGGAGGGGUGGGGACUUGGGGAGGGGAGUGGGUUUGUGGUGCAUGUUGGGGUUUUGAGGGGGUGA